UCCUAGGGCGCAUGCGAACUGAGGCCCAAAGGGGAAAGCCUUCCACACAGAUCUAAGCCAGCUGCCUUGAUUUAAACACUUCAUUGCAAGAAGAGUGGAAGCAAGGGAUCCCCCCCCUUACCAGUGUGCUGAAAGUACACUGGCAAAGCAGCUGCCCGCUCUGAAAACAACAGAAGAGCAGCUACGAAUGCUACAUUUAGAUGUCUGCUGUUAGGUAGAAGCAUUUUGGGAGUCCUUCUGCCUCAGAUACUCAGGACGUAAAGGGCAUUUGGUGCCCUGAGAGUGGGCGUUCAAUCAACCUGACCUCUGGGGUUAAACAGGAUCGGUUUGUGUGAAGCUCUGUGGAGGAGGGGAGGAGGGAACAGGCAACAUUUAGUUGGAGGUGGGAGGCCACUGUGGGGCUCCUGCACUGCUUAAGAAGGAGACUAGGCAGUCACCGGGAAGCAGGGAAAGAGAAGGAUAUGGCCACGGGAGAAAUCACAACACUUCCCUCCACACCUGAAGACGGCGGCAGUGGCGGCUUUACUCCUGGGGGCUUCAAGGAUCCCAAAAGGCUGUACUGUAAAAACGGGGGCUUCUUCUUGAGGAUAAAGUCUGAUGGGAGUGUGGAUGGAAUCCGGGAGAAGAACGACCCCAACAUAAAGCUUCAACUCCAGGCGACUUCAGUGGGGGAGGUGGUCAUCAAAGGAGUCUGUGCUAAUCGCUAUCUGGCCAUGAACAGAGAUGGACGACUGUUUGGAGCGGAAGUUCGUAACCCCUCGUGAGUUUUGGACUGGCUCGGUAUGCCAGAUAUUUUCUACUGUCAAGGGCCAGACUGUUACAAAGUCCAUUUCCAGUAAACAGCUUGAUGGGAAAGAGGAGGAGGAGGAGAGGAAGAGAUAAAACAUUUCCUACACUUCCAGGCCACUAACUGUUUCCCUCUGGACAAAGUCCUUCAUGAAAUAUUGUACAGUAUGCUCUUAAGAUUCCCGGCAUGUUGUCAGUAAAUAAGGUAAAUAAGAAUAUGAACUACAUUGUGUCCCCAUGUGUCCCUUUUCAGAGUAUUCCUGGUGGCACUUCUGAGAGACCGACGAGAGAAAAAGACUACACAUGAGGAGUAUUGUUACACAUUAUCUGACUAGUGUAAUGCCAUGGAAAGAUUUAAAUUAAUAAACCUCUAUAUUGUGUAUAUAUUUUGGGGGAAAGAAAUGUCUGAUAAAAAUGCCCAUGUCCAAUAUUGUCGGAUGUCUUCAGUUAGAUUUGAUUUUGUAAUGUUCUGACUUGACUCCAAUACAAUGCAGUCUCAGAGCCAGUUAUCUAUAAACCUAGAAGGAAGAAACCAAACCUUCCAGAGAAGAAUGAGAAA